CUGAAUUCAAUGUCAGCCUACAAGUGCUUCCAGAGAUGCAUUGUCUUCCUUUCCUUUUUGUUAUUCUUCAGGCACACAAAGCUUUACCUGAAGAGGAAUUUGUGGAUACAACUGUAAAACUUGCCAAGAAUAUGAUUUUCGAGUGUAUGUAUCCAGGAUCGGACUUUGUAAGCCAGGCGGAAUGGUUCAAGAUCACAAUAACAGGGAAAAAUUCCAUGGCUAUUUUCAGUCCUACGUUUGGUGGGCUUAUUAGGACAGACUAUAUCAGUAGGAUUCACUUUUUGAACUCCAGUGUGACUGCAAACGAUGUUUCCCUUUUUUUUCAUAAUGCCUCGAAAGCUGACCUUGGCCUUUAUUACUGCAUUCUCCAACUUUUCCCUCUUGGACGUUGGGAAAAGGUGAUAAAUGUUGUCCAAUCAGAUGAUUUUGAAAUCCGUGUUCCAUUCAAUAGCCAUAUGGUAUCAGAACCUGGAAAAAAUGUCAAAUUCAUAUUUCAGUCUCAACUGACCAGCCCCUUGAAACGUGUGACAUGGGAGAGAAUUCAGUCACAUCAGAUUGACCACUUAACUUUCUGUAACUUGAGCAAUGGGAAAAGUUAUGGCUUAAAAUACCAAAGAAAAAUAUUGACAAGCUGCAGCCAAGGGAUGAAAAGUAGCUCUAUCAUCAUUCACAAUGUCACUGCUUCUGACUCAGGAUUUUACCAAUGCUGUUUAACCACCAACACAGGAGAAAAUGAAACCUUUGUGAUGAAAUUAACUGUAACUGAUGCAAAAACAGACCAUCAAAUUGUUUUCUUUUUGGCUGGAGGGGCAGUUUCAUUCUUACUUCUUGUGAUAUCUAUCAUCAUCAUCAUCACUUACUGUUGCAGGAGGAAGAGAAUAUCUAAGGCACUGUGGGAUACUCAGACCCAGCCAUCUAAAAACUAUGCCAGAAGUGGGGUUCCUGACCAAACUCAAGACUACAAAGAAGAGGAUAUUUAUGUCAACUGUCCUGCCUUCUCUCAAAGACCAAAUCCAAGAUAGCAAUUCUUCAAUCUGGUCCAAGCAAGCAUAUAGAGUCAAAUAUGUAUUGUCUUUAGAGAGCUCCUCCUCUGUAUUCGCAGAUCUAUAUUGAUUGCAUUUACUUUGUUUUAUACAGAGAAGACUGCAUAAUCAAGUAAAUAUCACUAUUUGAUUGAGAAUACUCAGAAAUAUCUGAGAGAUUGGUAAGAUAAGUGGGGACAGGGAGGCAUAGCGACCUCCCAUAGAUUAUGCCUCUCCCUUCUGAAAGUCAUUCUAAUCAUUUAGUCAGAGUCACUCUAAGGGCGUGCUCCUCUGAACCUUGUACUGCUGAAAGUGGAAUGACUAGAUGACUGAUGAAAGAGGAGAUGGUGUGAGGUGGCCUUUCCUUCUUCUCUUCAUAUGUCUUGGUGUACCUCUCUCUGUAACUGUUGUAUUCCAUCCCCAAAUAUUAACUUUUCCUUCUCAUUUCACCAUUAUAUUUUCAUUUCUUUGGAUUUUCUUUGAGUUCCCCCUUAAUAUCCAAAUAUCCCUUAAUUAUUAUCUAAUAUAUUAAUAAGACAUUGACAGUCAACUGAGUCAACUGAAUAGGACACUAUAUUAGUAGUUGGAGUUGGGUGAAGAAGCCACCAAAUGCAAACUCUUAUUCUUUGUCCAAAGCAAUGUGACUUCCCCUUCUGGUUCCCAACCCUAUGUCUAGUCUAGGCCUGUUGGUUAGCAUACAAUAAGAAGUAUAGAAACUAAAACAAAAACAACAGAAAAUAUCAUGUUAGGCUUCAGUUGU